GCCUAAUUUGAGACGGGGGACUAUUUAUCGACAAUCUUCUUAUCGACUUUCGCGCCAAAACAUAAAAACACAUCUGUUCAAGUCUAGGGUUUGAAAAAUACACACACUAAUUAUGAUCAAUUGAGACGACAAUCUGCACUACGACACUUUAAUCAAGCCACAAAAUGCAAGAAUCAACAACUCCACCGGCGCCGUCGAGUUCUCCGGCUCUGAUAAGGCCGAUAAACAAAGGCGUGGUUCACAAAAUUUGCGCCGGACAAGUGAUUCUCGACCUCUCGUCGGCGGUGAAGGAGCUGGUUGAGAACAGCUUAGACGCCGGCGCUACCAGCAUCGAGAUCUCGUUGCGAGAUUACGGUGAAGAGUCGUUUCAGGUUGUGGAUAACGGUUGCGGCAUUUCACCAAACAACUUCAAGGUUUUGGCACUUAGGCAUCAUACUUCAAAGUUAGCAGAGUUUCAUGAUCUUCAAUCCUUGACAACAUUUGGCUUUAGAGGGGAGGCGCUCAGUUCACUUUGUUCUUUAGGAAAUUUGACUAUUGAAACUAGAACAAAGAAUGAAGCCGUGGCUACUCUCUUGACCUUUGAUCGGACAGGUUUGUUAAUAAAAGAAGAAAAAACAGCACGUAAAAUAGGUUCUACUGUCAUGGUUAAGAAGUUGUUCGCCAAUUUGCCGGUGAGAAGCAAAGAAUUUCAUCGCAACAUCCGCAAGGAAUAUGGAAAGCUUGUUUCUUUACUAAAUGCCUAUGCCCUUAUUGCGAAAGGUGUAAGGAUAGUUUGCAGUAACACGACUGGUAAGAACACAAAGUCUGUGGUACUUAAAACGCAGGGAAGUGGAUCCCUUAAAGAUAACAUAAUUACAGUGUUUGGCAUGGACACCUUUUCCAGCUUGGAGCCCAUAAGCUUAUGUAUAUCAGGGGGUUGCAAGUUGGAUGGGUUUCUUUCAAAGCCUGGAUAUGGUAGUGGACGAUAUAUGAGUGACCGCCAAUUUUUUUUUGUUAAUGGUCGGCCGGUUGAUAUGCCUAAAGUUGGAAAGCUUGUGAAUGAGUUAUAUAAAGGUGCAAACUCCCGCCAAUUUCCAAUCGCAAUAUUGGAUUUUACUCUUCCAUCUAGAGCUUGUGAUGUCAAUGUAACACCUGAUAAAAGAAAAAUAUUUUUUUCUGAGGAAAGUACCAUCUUUGACUCGUUAAGAGAAGCCUUACAAAAUAUUUAUUCACCUGGACAUGUGAGUUUCUCUGUCAAUAGAUGUGCGAAUCUCAGUAAGCGUGAUGACUGCUCACAGUUUUCACCCAAGAAGUUCUCCAUGAAAUGCAGUGAUUCAAUUAAAGAAGCAGAUAACAAGGAACAAUUGGAAAUUGGUGGAAUCGAUCACACAACUAUUAAAGAAGGAAAGAGCAGAUCAUUGGUUGCAGAGGUUAUCGACAUUGAUGAUCCUCUGGAGGCUGGUAUUCGUAAUAGGCAGCCCAUGCAUCAUGUUGGUAGUAGUAAAAUCGCUCAACAUGCUCCACUGCUUUCAGGCGAAGCAAAAACACCUGUUGUUGACAACAUAAAUUCAUCAGGUCGUGCAAGUAUCAUCCAGUCGUCCCUUUCAAAUUUUAUUACAGUUAAUAAAAGAAAACAUGAAAGUAUCAGUGCUGCAUUCACUGAGACCCCUCUUCUUAGAGGCGGAUCUGUUAUACAUCAGUCAAAGAAAAUCAGUCCUCAAAUUUCCACUUUAUUAUCAAAAUCUAUGGUGGAGUCCAAUGAGAAUGAAGGUGCCAAUGUGGUCAAAAAUAUUGGCCUUGGACCUUCUAGGAAAUGUGGACCAGAAAGAGUGUGCAAUGAAACUGAUGAAAAAUCUUCUGGGGGCACUGGGAACAACAGAGUAUAUGGACAAGAGUUGGUGAUUCAAGAGGAACAUCUGCCCUUAGCUGAUUCAGUAUUACCUGUUACAACUACCAAUAACGUCACUAACGAGUCAAUGGGUACACUAGCUACGCCUGUGCUAGUGCAGUCUUCUGGGUUAGCUGCAAAUUCUUCAGUGAGUUCUGCGCGAAAUACAGGUUUUACAUUGAACUUCAGUUUUAAAGACCUAAAGUUGAGAAGGGAUCAGAGACUGUCUAGAUUAAAAGACAUCAGUACUUCUAAAGAAAGAGCCCAGUCUGAAACGUGCUAUGAUGCUGCAACGCUAAUAUCAUCCAAACUUGGGAAUAUUGAUGAAAAAGAAGCAGCUUUAGCAGCCGCUACCAAUGAGCUAGAAAGGCAUUUUAACAAAAAAGACUUUGGUCGAAUGAAGGUGAUUGGUCAAUUCAAUCUGGGCUUUAUCAUUGGCAAGUUAGAUAAGGACCUGUUUAUUGUAGAUCAGCAUGCUGCAGAUGAGAAAUACAAUUAUGAGAGGCUCUCUCUAUCUACAAUUUUGAAUCAACAGCCAUUGCUCCGACCAAUGAGUUUGGAAUUAUCUCCUGAAGAAGAAGUAGUUGUUACAAUGAACAUGGAUAUCCUCAGAAAAAAUGGAUUCGCUUUGGAAGAGGACUUCAAUGCUCCUUUAGGGCAACGAUUUAAACUAAAAGCCGUUCCUUUUAGUAAGAACAUAACUUUCGGAGUUGUAGAUGUAAAGGAGCUCAUCUCUAUUCUUACCGAUAGUCAAGGUGAAUGUUCGAUGAUUGGUAGUUACAGGAUGGACACUGCAGAUUCAGUAUGUCCACCUAGAGUUCGUUCAAUGCUAGCUUCGCGUGCCUGUAGAUCAUCGGUUAUGAUUGGAGCUUCACUUUCUAGAAACGAGAUGCAAAAGAUACUUAAACAUUUGACUGACCUAAAGUCUCCGUGGAACUGUCCACAUGGAAGACCAACAAUGCGUCACUUAGUUGACCUAGCAAGUUUACACAGAGAGUGGAAUCCCGAAGAUGGAGAUCUGUAACGUAGGAAACCUGUAGUUGGUAGGUUCAGGGCCUGUAAUGUUAAACUUAUUUACUCAUCUGAUUAUGGUACAUAAUAGUCUCACCUUGUGCUGUAUACAGAGAAUACAAGUCCAGCCUCUUUGCAAAUUGGGAUUUGUAUUCUUGUUUUUACGGUGCCUUGCCUUGUUUCUCUGUUGAGAUGAAAACAGAAGUAAUAGAGUUUAGUAAAUAGAAAAAUUCAGCCCUUGUAUCCA